ACCAGCGCCACCACCGUACCCCAUUUGCUCCAGGCCAGCCUGCCGGCGCCGGCGCCGCCACUCCUUAGUCCGUACACACACAUAUAGUACUGUAGAUACUAUCCCCGCCGGCGCACCGCCAUGUCUGCCGCCACUGCUUGCAUGCCCCUGGUCCCUCCGUCUCCUCUCCAUGGAUCAUCGGCGGCAAUGGCGGCGGCCGUUGAGAGGCGGCAGCAGCCCGGUGCCAUGGAGACCACCAAGACCGCCGGUUCCGAGGGAACGGUCGUCGUCAAGAGCCAUGGCAACGAUCAGGACUGUGCCGGGGACGACGACGGCGACGUGACGAUGAGCAGGCCGCGGGCGGUGGUCCAGACACUGACCUGCGAGCGCAAGCCCUUCUCUGAGGGCUUCGCGCUCUGGCGGAGCAUCGGCAGGCCUGAGCUUCCGGAACUGGAUCCUAUCUUGUCCUUCGACGAGUUCGAGUUUUCUGCGCCAGCUGGCUUUCCUGACCAUCCUCACAGAGGAUUUGAGAAUGUUACCUAUAUGCUCGAGGGAGGCAUCAGUUACCAUGACUUUUCAGGCCACAAGGGAACAAUCAACACAGGAGACGUUCAGUGGCUGACGGCGGGGCGCGGCGUGGUGCACGCGGAGAUGCCCGCCGGCGAGGGCGUGCAGCGGGGCAUCAACAUCUGGAUCAACCUUUCCGCCGCCGACAAGAUGGUGGAGCCGAGGUACCAGGACCUGGCGAGCCACGACAUCCCCACCGCCGUCACCGCCGACGGCGUCUCCGUCAAGGUCAUCGCGGGCGAGUGCCUCGGAACGCGAUCCCUGCUCCGGCCACGCACCCCGGCGCUGUGUCUCGACGUCGCACUACGGCCCAGGGCGCGCCUGCGCCAGCCCAUCCCGCGCGGGUGGAGCGCAUGCGCGUACGUCAUCCACGGCGAGGCCGCCUUCUUCGGCGGCAGUGCCAGUGACGGCGGCGCCACUACCGUCACCACCGCCGCCGCACGCACGCUCGUCGUGUUCGGCAACGAAGGUGACGGCGACUGCGUGGAGGUGCGGGGGGCUGAUGCAUCAGCGGGGCAGCAGGACGGCGCGAGGGUCAUGCUGGUGGCGGCGCGGCCGCACAACGAAGCGGUGGUAAGGGACGGGCCCUUCGUCAUGAACACCCGGGAGGAGGUGGAACAGGCACGGGAGGACUACCGCCGCCGCCGCAAUGGCUUCGAGAUGGCUGAUGGCUGGACCUCCGACCACGCAUCCACUGUUGCAACACAUUGAUAGGAUACACUACCUAGGCUAGCUAGGCGCGCGUGGAUGGAUCGCAAGUAUUAGUGUAUCUAAGUUAAGUUGUGGGAUUUUGCCCAAAAAAAUGUUGGCUUCGUAGCAUAUAAGGAAAGUGUUUGCAAUAAUGUGAAAUAUUAUAUAAUCAAUUUGGAAUCCGGCGCCAACGAGCGCAUGCUGGCAAGUA